AUGGCUCGCCAACGGGACCGACUGUUUGUCUUUUGGUCCGUCCACGGGGACCCGUUCCCGGAGGCCACUACUCCUCUGUCGCGGUUUGGGCGAUACUUGCUUGCAUCCGUGCUCUUCGUCAUCCAGUUGACCUUCUUGGUUGGUGUGCCAGCGACACCAAGCCUUCUGGCAUGGUCUACUCAAAACCAGCUUUGGCCGGCCCUGAUUGAGUCGGGACUGGAGAAGGAAGCAAGGGAGGUCUUGGGAUACCUUAUCCUUGAUACGAUACUCCUUGUUUUCAUGAUCUGGGGUGCUGUGCCGGUCUUUGCGGUGACCAGAAUGAAUGGAAGUCGAGGAAGGAUGCUCACGUAUGCGGCGUUUGGCGGGAUAGCGAUGGUGUUUGUCUGCGUCUCGAUUCGUACGAUGUACUUGACCUGGACCUGGUCACUGCUUUUUGAGCUGGCGACUGGUGAUGCGAGGCUUGCAGGACGAUGCAAGUUCAUCUCCUUCACAUUGGGUGUCCUGCUCUGCUUGGGUUGCGCCUCGGUCGUCAUCUACUCAUUCCAUACGACAAGAUUCGGCACGCCUUUGGUCAUUCAGCAGGUGCUGGAUGAUGCUGCGCAGUUGCUGUGUUCUACCAAGAUGCGGGCUGCACAACUGGCAAUUGUUGUUGGUCCUCCUCACAACCACCCAAUGGCACACCAAACAGCUGAAGUACUUUCGACGUCCAUACAUCUAACGACCAUUCGUGGAGGUGUUUGGUUGGCCAACGACAUGCACGUCUCAGAUGACCACACACAAGGCCGACACGCUUGGAUUACCCCUCUUCAUUUCUGA